GCCGAGGGCCCGGCCGCCGCCGAGAGCCCGCGCGGGCCGCUGGGCCCGGGCUCGGGCAUGGUGCUCUACCUGUGUCCAGAGGCGCAGUGCGGGCAGACCUUCGCCAAGAAGCACCAGCUGAAGGUGCACCUACUGACGCACAGCAGCAGCCAGGGCCAGAGGCCCUUCAAGUGCCCCCUGGGCGGCUGCGGCUGGACGUUCACCACCUCCUACAAGCUCAAGAGACACCUGCAGUCGCACGACAAACUGCGGCCCUUCGGCUGCCCGGCGGAGGGCUGUGGGAAGAGCUUCACCACCGUGUACAACCUCAAGGCGCACAUGAAGGGCCACGAGCAGGAGAACUCGUUCAAGUGCGAGGUGUGCGAGGAGAGCUUCCCCACGCAGGCCAAGCUCAGCGCCCACCAGCGCAGCCACUUCGAGCCCGAGAGGCCCUACCAGUGCGCUUUUUCGGGCUGCAAGAAGACGUUCAUCACGGUGAGUGCCCUCUUUUCCCAUAACCGCGCCCACUUCAGGGAACAGGAGCUCUUCUCCUGCUCCUUCCCUGGCUGCAGCAAGCAGUACGACAAGGCUUGUCGUCUGAAAAUUCACCUGCGGAGCCACACCGGCGAGAGACCUUUCCUGUGUGACUUCGACGGCUGUGGCUGGAACUUCACCAGCAUGUCCAAACUGCUAAGGCACAAAAGGAAGCACGACGACGACCGGAGGUUCAUGUGCCCCGUGGAAGGCUGUGGGAAAUCGUUCACCAGGGCCGAGCACCUGAAAGGCCACAGCAUAACCCACCUGGGCACGAAGCCUUUUGUGUGCCCCGUGGAAGGCUGCUCUGCCAGGUUCUCUGCUCGCAGCAGUCUCUACAUUCACUCCAAGAAACACCUGCAGGACGUGGACACCUGGAAAAGCCGUUGCCCGGUCUCCACGUGUAACAAACUCUUCACAUCCAAGCACAGCAUGAAGACCCACAUGGCCAAAAGGCACAACCUCGGCCAGAAUCUCUUAGCUCAGCUAGAAGCUGCAAAUUCCCUGACGCCCAGCAGCGAACUUACCAGCCAGGGACAGAGUGACCUCAGUGACGCAGAGCUGGUGUCUCUCUUCUCUGAUGUGCCCGGCAGUAAUAGUUCUGCUGCGGUGCUGGACACGGCAUUGGUGAACUCUGGCAUCUUGACCAUUGAUGUCGCUUCUGUGAGCUCAACUCUGGCCGGGAACCUCCCCGCUAGCAGUAGUGGUAAUUCCUUAGGGCAGGCUCUGGACCCUCGGGCCUUGAUGGCCACCACUGACCUUCCUCAAAGUCUGGAUACCUCUCUCUUUUUUGGAACGACAGCCACCGGUUUUCAGCAGAGCCCCUUAGAUAUGGAUGAUGUCUCCAGUUCAGGUGCGGGGCCGUUGGGCUCCCUGGGCUCUUUGGCGAUGAAAAACUCCAGUCAAGAGCCCCAGGCUUUGACCCCCAGCAGUAAGCUAACAGUGGACACAGAUGCUCUGACUCCUUCAAGCACCCUCUGUGAAAACAGUGUCUCGGAACUACUGAUGCCAACCAAAGCGGAAUGGAACGUACACCCGGACUCGGACUUCUUCGGGCAGGAGGAGGAAACCCAGUUUGGCUUCUCCAAUCCAGCAGGAAACCAUGGUUGUCAGAAAGAAACAGAUCUUAUCACAGUGACUGGCAGCUCCUUUUUGGUAUGAACUAACUCCAUUCAUUCCUCGCCACGUGGCUUACUUUUAUUAAUUACACUCAAUGUUAAGGAUAUUCUGCACUAAAUGUGUAACUGGUCAGUUUUUAUAGGUUUGAAACAGAACAGAGCCCCGGGCUGCAAGUUUGGAGAUUUAAAUUCUGAUCUUGAGUCUGGAACUGACAAGUUGUGUGACCCUGAGCAAGUCACUUAACUUAUCUGAGCCUUAAUGUCCUUAUUUAUAAAAUGAGGUGGUUUCAAUAGAUUGUUUAUAAGGUCCUUUAAGGUCUGUAUUUUCAUAAUUUUGUGCUCUUUUUUGAAAAGUUUAGGAAAUUUGUAAUGAUUAACUGUUGCAUGAGCUUCUAAUGUGAUGAAAACUGCAUUGAGAGUUAAUAAUCAGAAAUCAUGGAAAUGCUGUUUAACUUUAAAAAUAAUGGAAAUUUUACAUAAUGCCAAAGUAUUUCUAAAACUUAGUGGUAGAGCUUGAAAAUAGGAAGCUAAAAAUAUGGGCUGGUUCUUUUUGCCUGUUUAUCUUUAUAGCCUUUUUUUUUUUUUUUUUUUAAGUGUUUAGCCUGUGUUGUGGAAUGUGCCAGCGCUUUGAUAUAACUCAGUCCCAGAAAAAAUUUACUUGUGUUGAAUAAGUGGCCUUAAAUAAGUUAUUUAGUCACACUAAGCCUCAGUUCCCUGGCUAUAAAAUGGUCAUUGCAGUGUACAUAUACAUGGUGCAUCUUAGACUUCUUUUUCUAUACCAGUAGUUAGUGUUGGAGGGAAAAUAUUAUGUGUUUUGGCAUGUUUUCGUGAAUCUAUCAUGUUUCCUGCCUCUCUCAUUCCUUCUUUUAAGAGGACAAAUGGGCAUAAUUUAAUAUCACACUUGUGCAGUCAAUAACAUUUUAUGAAGGUUAAGGAGUAGGGAAGGAAAUCUUUUUCCCACAGAUUAAGAAGGAUUUUUCUCCUCAAAAUUCAUUUAUCACAUUGUCCAUUAGACCAAAUUAUAGUGUCUUUGCUUUGUAUUCAAAGGCAGCCCUUAGAGUGACUAUAAAGCCUGCAGUUCCAAGAAAAUCUGGGAAUGGACCAGAGUGAGAUUUUCUCCCCUCUCUCUCGAGAGCUCAUUGUGUGCCUUCUCCCAGAGUUGGAAUGAGAGGUUUUGUUUGCAUUUGGAGUAAAUAGUGUCUGUCUCACAUGAGUAUAACAUUUUACAGUUUAUAUAAGUCUUUCAGAAAUAUUUGAUUCUCACAAUUUUGUGAGAUAGUUGUGGCCAAGAUUUCACAAUAACUCAUAUUAAAAUCUACCUAACUUACAAUUGAAUUUUGCUUAGUAACACACACACACACACACACACACACACACAUAUACACAUAUAUCUAUAUAUAUAUAUAUCAUGCCCCCAUUCUACUCUUCUGAAUUUCAUGAUCUCUUUUGUUUUUAACCACUUGUUCUGGUACACUUAAAUUGAUGUCUGUUACCUUCUGUCAGCUCUGCUCCCUCCAUAACCUAUUCUCUAGCAUGUGCACACCAGCCCUUGCCAUGAUCUCUUUUUUAAAAUUUUAAUUAGGUUUUUUAAUAUUCAUCAUCUCUCAGCCUUUAUCCUCAUGGCCCAUUUUUUGGUCACAAAAUUUACCACAGGUCUGAGUGUGCACUAAGAAAUUAUUUUCUGGAUUUAGAUGUCAUUGCAUUUAUAUAUGAAUCAAUAAUGGGGAUAUUUUAUGUAAGAUUUUAGUGAGAUAUGUACUUCUUUUAGUUUCCUAAUUUUUUUUGCCAUAUAGUUCUGCUAACAAACACUAUUAGUUGCUCUGAAACAUUCUAACCCAGUACUGCUUGCAUGUAGAUGUUUGUGUAUAGUAGUUAUCAUAGCAGUUUGGCAGUGCACUUUAAAAUUUGCCACUUUGAAAUGCAUCUGUACUGUCUUUCUAAUUUUUAAAUUGGUUGUACUCAUUUCGUGAAAAAGGAAAAGUAUACAUAAAUUUGUAAUUCAAGCAAAUGGUCAGAGUUUGAUUGUUUCUAAUCAUUUCAAAAUUCUCCCUCAGCAGUUUGGAAGUAUUUUUAAGUCCAUUUUGGAAAUGUGUUGUCAUUAAUUUCUCUUAAAUAUAUUACUCUUUUUUUCCUACAGAAUGGAAUGCAGAGGCCUGAGGUGAACAUUCAGGUCAUAAGCAUCUGUUAAGAUAUGUAACCAUAAAAUAUUUUAAAAUCCAUUCACUUUGUUUCCUUAAUCCCUCAUUCCUAGUUCCUCCCAUUAAACACUACCAGAAAA